CUUGAUACAGGCAAAGCCUUACCUUCUCCUAAUGACCUCAGAAGAAAGAUUCUUAUAAAGAAUAAAAGGCUGAAGCCUGAAGUAGAAAAAAAACAGCUCGAUGCUCUGAAAAAGAUGAUGGAGGCUGGCGAAACGGCUGCCCCUGUAAAUAUCCUAGAGGAUGACAAUGAAGAAGAAAUAGAAAGUGCUGACCAGGAAGAAGAAGCACAUCCAGAGUACAAAUUUGGAAGUGACCUUUCUGCAGAUGAUUACUGUCAAAAAGAAGCUGUUGCCAUCAGUGUCAAAAAGGUGGGUUUGUUUCUUAUAUGUAUUUCCUUGGGACCUUUCCAUGGAGAUGAGUGUAAAAGACAUCCUAUUUUGUGGAAGCAUCAUAUUUUGUCAGAAGAGUCAAACAGAAAUUCUUAA